AUGUCAUUUUUUGGUUCACGCGACCAUGAAGGCUACGUUGGCAGAGAGGAACAUAUGCGAAAGCUCGAAACUGCCAACUCCGAAGAUGAUACCGAUAUGGUGGAACUGGCACUCGGUGGGCUUCACAUCGCCGAAGGUGUCCGACCUACGGCAGGUGGUCCCUUCUCCGCCCUGACACCCUCGAUGUGGCCACAAGACAUUUUAACCAAACUGGGCCAACCGGAUCCGGACGAACCACCGAACCAUCAGCCCGACUAUCGGUUCGACGAGUUUGGGUUUCGCGUGGAGGAAGAAGACGGUCCCGAACCGAGCUCGAACAAGCUGCUCAGCAUACCGUUCAUGGAAGAUCCGGCCCAACGUUUGCAGUGGAUCGCCCAUUUAGAGUUCUCGCACAACAAGGAAGCGACCGAGCUAACGUGGGAAAGCGUUGACGUGGUCCUGCCCCGUACGGAGAAACUUCGGUCGAUGGUGCGUGCUGGCAUUCCACAUUCGCUGCGGCCCCAAAUGUGGAUGCGGCUGUCCGGUGCGCUACAGAAAAAGCUUAAAUCUGAAACGAGCUAUCAGGAAAUCGUAAAAGCCUCCUCCAACGAUCAGCUGAUGACGUCGAAACAAAUCGAAAAGGAUCUGCUGCGCAUCAUGCCCACGAAUGCUUGCUUUAGCUCGCUCAACGGAACGGGAGUACCGCGGUUGCGGCGCAUUCUACGAGGAAUCGCCUGGCUCUAUCCGGAUAUAGGGUACUGUCAGGGGACGGGCGUCAUCGCGGCGUCCCUGCUGCUGCUGCUCGAGGAGGAAGAUUCCUUCUGGAUGAUGGCAACGAUAGUGGAGGAUCUGCUACCGGCCUCCUACUACUCGUCCACCCUGCUCGGUAUCCAGGCCGAUCAGCGCGUGAUGCAGACACUUAUCGGAAACUAUCUAACGGCGGUGGACGAAACCCUCAAAAGCCACGACAUUGAACUGUCCCUGAUCACACUCCACUGGUUUCUGACGCUGUUUGCAAGCGUCGUACACAUGAAGAUACUGCUGCGCAUCUGGGACUGGUUCUUCUACGAUGGUUCAAUCGUGCUGUUCCAGCUGACGCUCGGGCUGCUUAAGAUCAAGGAACCGAACGUGAAGAAUCUGGAAAAUUCGGCUCAAAUCUUUAACUCACUGUCUGACCUACCGGGUGAUAUCGAUGAUGUGGAACAUCUGUUCGCGGUAUCGCUAGACGUUGGUGGAUCACUGUCGCCCAUGGUAAUUGAAACGCAUCGCCGCCGUCAUCUCGCGUAUCUAAUGGCCGACCAGGGCGGGUUGGUGGGUAAUCCAGAGGCGGCCUCAAACCUGCCCAAGCAGCAGCUCGUCCGCCGGCAGAUGAAAAAGUCCAAAUCCAUGCUACAAACGAUCCUGUUUGGGAACGGCACCGAAGGGGACGAUGAGCUAAAGUGUAAAAACAUCCGCACUACGGAGCAGCUGGUAGAUCUGCGCGAAGCGAUCCUCAAGGUGGCACGUCACUUUCUCGCCAUCGAACCGAAACUGGCAGCGCAUAUCAAGCUGGUAGCGGAUUACGGCAUGGAUAGCCAUGCGAAGGAUCACGAGAACUAUAUAAACGUGUCGCGAACACGCAGCCGCCGGGCGAAGGCACUGCAUGACUUCGAGCGGCACGACGACGACGAGCUGGGCUUCCGGAAGAACGAUAUCAUUACAAUCGUGAGCCAGAAGGACGAACACUGUUGGGUGGGUGAGCUGAACGGGUUGCGCGGUUGGUUUCCGGCCAAAUUCGUCGAACUGCUGGACGAACGGAGCAAGCAGUACAGCUGCGCCGGGGAUGAUGCGAUCUCGGAGACGGUCACGGAUCUGGUACGGGGUACGCUAGCACCAACGGUCAAGCAGGUGCUCGAGCACGGCAUGAAGCGUCCAUCGUUUCUCGGUGGACCCUGCCAUCCGUGGCUGUUCAUCGAGGAGGCCGCUACGCGGGAAGUCGAAAAGGAUUUUGAAUCCGUUUACUCACGACUGGUGUUGUGCAAAACCUAUCGCCUGGAUGAAGAUGGCAAGGUGUUGACACCCGAGGAACUGCUCUACCGUUGUGUGCAAUCGGUAAACCAAAGUCACGAUGCGGCUCACGCCCAGAUGGACGUGAAGCUACGCUCACUGAUCUGUCUCGGGUUAAACGAGCAGGUGCUCCAUCUGUGGCUAGAGGCACUGUGCAGCUGUACCGAGAUUGUCCAGAAGUGGUACCAACCGUGGAGCUUCGUGUACUCGCCCGGAUGGGUGCAGAUCAAAUGCGAACUACGACUACUAUCUCAGUUUGCAUUCAACCUUAACCCAAACUGGGAACUGCCCGCCAAACGGGAAGCCGUCCAAAGCCAACCGCUUAAGGACGGUGUGCGAGAUAUGCUCGUGAAGCAUCAUCUCUUCUCGUGGGAUCUCUAA